UUUGGUUCUUCAAGUGUCGUAAUUCGCGAAAAGGCGAAAAGUUACAUCUCAAGAUCUCGGCCAGAAAUGUCGAAGCACGCACUGAUAGGCGGCGGCACCGGCUUUAUUGGCCGGAAUCUGGCCAAGAACUUGUCGCAAAAGGGCUACGAUGUAACGGUCAUUUCCCGGAUGCCAGGACCAAAGCGCAUCACUUGGCACGAACUGGAGAAGAAUGGCAUACCAUCCAGUGUUAGCGCCGUGGUGAAUGCCACAGGCCAGAAUGUCCUGGAUCCGACGAGACGCUGGACUCCAGGUUUCCAGCAGAACGUAUGGAACUCCCGCAUCAACUCCUCCAAGACACUGGCUCAGGCUAUGAAAGCAGCUCCCCAGGUUACCUCGUUUGUGAACCUUUGCGGAGUCAGCCAUUAUCCCCCCUCGGAGACCAAGGUCUACACAGAGGAGGACAAGGUCUCAGGCUUUGACUACAUGUCCAAGCUGUGUUUGGCCUGGGAGCAGGCAGCCAAGACAGGAGAGGAACAGGAUUGCAAAUGCACCAUUCUCCGCACUGGCGUGGUUGUGGGACAUGGCGGUGGCAUGAUUCAAUCCAUUUGGCUGCCCUUCAAGCUGGGUGUGGGUGGUCCCUUGGGCAGUGGCCAGCAAAUAAUGCCCUGGAUACACCUGCAGGAUCUCUGCAGCCUGAUACAGCACAUUAUAGAGAAGCCAGUGCCGGGUGUGGUCAACGCUGUGGCCCCCGAAAUAGCCAGCAAUAAGGAGUUUAGCAAGGCCUUUGCCAAAGCCAUCAAUCGUCCCUGCAUCUUCAAUGUGCCCGAGUUUGUGGUCCAUGCCAUCUUUGGCAAGGAAAGAGCCGCCCUUCUGCUGAGCGGAGCCAAGGUGAAGCCGCAGACAGCCAUCUCCAGUGGCUUCAAGUUUCAAUAUCCCACUGUAAAGGAGGCCGUGACCGAGCUGGCCCGCAAGCGAUGAACUGGACAAUGUGAUUUAGUCAGAAGUUGUCUGAAAAUUAAAUAGAUGGUAGUACCAAGCGCAAA